AUGGGAUUGUAUCGCAACUCUGAUGACAAGGAUUUCAACGACGGGAAUCAAAGCGAUUCCGUUGCGUUCCCUGGGGAAGUUUGGGAAGGUUUGGUUUCGAAUGGAGUAGUACACGACGUUCUCCAGGGACUCGGGCUUCCCGGAGGCUGGGCUUUCAAUAUCGACAAGCUCGUGGACGAUGUGAACACCGGGAUUUCUGGCCGUACUCGCAUGCCUACAGUCGAGCAAUUCUCCAAGUGUAACGAGCUGAACGGACUUUCGGUCUGGGAUACAAGAGGUCUGUGGAGAUGUCUUUUCCCAAAAUCCGUAGUGAAGGAUAAUGGGUUGUCCAGAGAAGCAGUCGAGUCGGACACGGAACACAAGAAGGGUCUUUUCUUCCCGGACUAUAAUGGGUACUUGUCUUGGAAAUCACACAUGGUGAAACUGGCCAUGGAGAAGAGAAAAAGAGAAAGAGACUUGUACGCUUUGUCUACUCCGGAGGACGUUAUGUUGAACCAGGUGGAUUCGCUGGGCAAGAAGGUCGUUGGAACUUCGUCGUACUCUACUUACAAGGCCACUCCGGAGGGCAAAGAACGCAUCAAAGAGGAGAAGACGUUCUACGAGGAUGGGAGUGUGCUUGUGAAGACGGAUAAAAAGAUAUAUCCUCACGAGGGACAGCCAAGAAACGAGUCUUCUGAAAAGUUGUUGAAACCCGGCGAAAAUUGA